GCAUUCACUAUCUACAUGCAUUUCUUGGCAAACGAUUUAAAUAAAUUUAGUAUGGAGGUUGGAAGGAGUAUCGCAGUUCUGUUGCUGUCAGUUGCCUCUGUUGUGCUCGUGAGACAGCUGCAGACAUGGAAGGAAAUGUCUCGCAUAUCUGAUGAGCCUGUGGUUUUAGCCACUGGAGGGGCUGGUUUCAUUGGUUCCCACAUAGUUGUGGAGCUUUUGAACAGUGGAUUUAAUGUUGUUGUCAUUGACAACUUUGUUAAUGCCUUGAGAGGUCAAGAUGGAGGUCCAAAACCAGAGUCAUUGAGAAGAGUUGAGAAAAUUACUAACAAGACUGUCACAUUCUAUGAUGUUGACCUUCUUGAUGUGGCAGCAUUAAGAAGCGUCUUCUCAAAGCAUAACAUUGUUUGUGUUAUUCAUCUGGCUGCAUUGAAAGCAGUUGGAGAAUCCUGUGAGAUUCCUCUCACCUACUACAAAAACAAUGUCGGUGGCUCUAUAAAUCUUCUGGAGGUGAUGAAAGAAUUUAAUGUGAAGAGGCUUCUUUUCUCAUCAUCUGCAACGGUCUAUGGUCUUCCCCAAAAGCUACCUCUUACAGAAGACCACCCGAUUGGCCAAGGCUGUACCAAUCCAUAUGGCAAGACUAUUUUCAUUGAAGAAAUACUGCAAGAUCUUUGUGCAUCUGACAAGACAUGGAGUGUUGUUGCUCUACGUUACUUCAAUCCCAUUGGAGCCCACAGCAGUGGCUUGAUUGGGGAGGAUCCCAAUGGCAUUCCUAACAAUUUAAUGCCUUUUGUUGCUCAAGUUGCUACAGGCAAGCGUUCUGAACUCAAAGUAUAUGGAAACGACUAUGACACUGUGGAUGGGACAGGUGUUAGAGACUAUAUUCACAUUGUGGACCUUGCUGAGGGUCACAUUAGUGGAACGAAAAAAGUAAUGGAUGAGAAGUUCAGUGGCUGGAAAGUGUACAACUUGGGAACAGGAGCAGGCUUUUCAGUUUUGGAGCUAGUCAAUGAAUUUCAGAAAGCAAGUGGCAAAAAAAUCCCGUACCAGAUUGUAGAGAGGCGCCCUGGUGACAUUGCCUCCUCCUUUGCUGAUCCAUCUCUUGCCAAAAAGGAACUUGGCUGGACAGCAAAACGCAACUUGUCAGACAUGUGCAAGGAUACUUGGAAAUGGCAGUCCAACAAUCCAAACGGUUUCAGGGGCUAGACUUAAGACUGAAGAGUACGAAUAAUUGAUUAUCUGAGAGUAUCUUCCCUCUUUGCUCAAUUUGUCUUGUUUGUAUUCAUUCAACGAACCAUAUGGAAUCUAGCGUAGUAAUCCAAAGAGAAAAAAGUAGGUGAUUGCCUGUAGGGAAUUUAACAGGGGUUCAGCAACUAUUUUGUUGUUUUUGUGAUAGUGUGCAUUUAAUGGGGAUAUUGAUGUGCCAUAGUUCUGUCUCAUUCCUGCCACAUGAGAACAAUCAUGCACUUCUUGCCUUUUGUUCAAGGAAGUUGUUCAUUGAUUACAGAUAAACAAUGUAUACACGGGCUUUAAUUGAGGUUUGGGUUUUGACAAUGUAUGUAAGAAGUAUUUAUUAAUAACAUUCAUAGCAAGAUUUUUCUUGCUUCUCUUUAAAAGUUAAAUUGAGCAAGCCAAUUUUUCCUUGUUGCCCUUUUCUGUGGUGGCUGAGGAGCUGCUUACAUUCUUUGCUUUGAGUUCCUAAACAUAUUAAGAGGUUUUCUGACGACAUGAUAACUAAUGAGAAAGACAAAUUUGUCCUCUUGGCUAUUGCUUUAAUUCCAUUUAUUUAUUGACCUUCAUUUUUAUCACAGCUUUAUAUUUACCUGGUGAAGUUACAAGAAGAUUAUGUGCAUUUAAUUAAUUUUAUUGGUUCUUAUCUAAUGUGUGAUUCAAUGUUCUAUGAAAAAUUGUACCUGCUUUAAAAUAAUGUUUUAACAAUUGUUUGAACACUUUAUUGUAUUUCAAUAAUCAUUUCAAUCAAUACAAAAUGUUAUAUUUUUUAUUACUUAAUCUUGCCCAUUUGUUUUUUCUGUCAGUGUUGUAGCUUGGGUUUGAGAGAAAAUGGUGUGACAACACACAUCGUGUUGUUAUUUUGUUAAUGUUACAUAAAAACUUUAAUAUUUUUAA